AUGUCUUCUUCCUAUUCUUUCAGCUCUCUUGAGAGCCUCUCCCUGGCGGAUAGAGUGUUAUUCAACAGAUUCAGUAAGGGACCCGAGUGUCCUAUUCCCUACAAUGUUGCUCAUCACGCUUUUGAGGCGGUUGCGCUGGCGCACCCUGAUCUCGUUGCGGUUCGACAUUAUGAUGGGAGUACUAUCACAUAUCGAGAGCUCAACCGAAGGGCAAAUAUGUUGGCGAACGAGCUGAUACAUACUUUCGGUUUGAGGGUCGGCGAUCGUGUUGUGUUGGUGUACUCGCGCUGCAUUGAGAUGAUUGUCUUCAUCCUCGCUGUCCUCAAAGCCGGUGGUCAAUACGUGCCAUUGGAUGGUGGUAUUGUUACCGACGACACACUGGGAUUUGACAUUGCCGACUCCGAUGCCCCCGUUGUCCUCUGUCUUCCCAAGUUCUUUGACAAGGUUGUUCGCAGCAUUCCAGAUGAUCGACGGAACAUAGUCAAUGUGCUCGACCUGGACAGCCACUCAGAUCUCUGGCGAAGAGGCAACCCUUCACAUCCCAUGGUGGAGGUCGGUCCAGAUGAUGGUGCAUAUGUCAUCUACACCUCGGGUACAACAGGCCGACCUAAGGGUGUGGACGUGAGACAUCGAGGUGUCACCAAUACCCUUUUGGCAGAGCCAUCCAAGCUGGGCAUCAGACCUGGCAGGAACGUGGCACAGCAGCUGAAUGUUGCUUUCGAUAUGUGCGCCUGGGAGAUUUUGGGUACAAUGAUGAAUGGCGGUACCCUUCACAUCAGAGGCAGCGGUCUCGAGCCCUGGACCGAGUGCCUUCAACGAUGCGACACAGUCAUCGCUACGCCAUCGGUCGUUCAAAAAUACAUGCCUCGAAUCGAAGACUUCCCCAAUGUCGAUACAAUCGCUGUCGGUGGCGAGCCUUGCCCUUUGGCCUUGGCUGAGAAAUGGGCUCCCCAUGUCAACUUCUGGAACGUCUGCGGACCAACUGAGAUCAGCGUCCUCAACACAGCGCAUCUUCACCGACCAGGCAUUCCACUGUCAAUUGGCAAGCCAAACCCCAACACGAACGUUUACAUCUUGGAUGACAACGAGAACCCUGUUCCAAUUGGCCAACCUGGUGUUAUGUGGGCGGGAGGUCGUGGUGUCUCUCGAGGAUACAUCAACCUCCCUGAACUAACAGCAACUCGGUACAAGCUGGACAAGUUCACCAACGAUGGCAACAUGAUGUUCAACACCGGCGAUCUUGCCCAAUGGCUCGAAGACGGCAGCCUCCUCCCCCUCGGCCGAAAAGACGACCAAGUCAAAAUCCAAGGUUUCCGCGUCGAGCUCGACGGCGUAUCCCGCUCCAUCGAAUCAACCCCGGGCGUCAUAAAAGGCUGCGCCCUAAAGAUCGACAACGCUCUGUGGGGCUUCUACUCCUCCCACGUCCCGAUCGCUGAAACGGAGCUGAAACAAGCCGUUAGCAAGACCCAGCCCUUCUACGCGGUCCCCACAAUCUGGAAACAUCUUCCCGUUCUGGAACUCACGCCGAAUGGAAAGAUUGACAAGAGAGCUUUGUACAAGAUCGCUGAGGGCAAGAGUGAUAUGCAAGCGGUUGUGAAGGCUAGACCGGAGACGGUUUGGCCAUCGCAUGAGCGGUUGUUGUCGAUUGGCAGUUCGAGUGAUGGAACGCUCUUUGAGGGUGAGAAGAAUGGUAUUAUGAGAGAUCUGGAGAAGGAUCCUAAGGCUGUUAUUGAGGAUUAUGAAGAGGUUGAGAGUGAAGAGUAUGCACUUCCCGAUAAGAAUGGCUUUCACGGAUGGCGCUGGCUUCGCCAUACUGCAUUCUCAGCUUAUCGCAAGCUGUUUGGACUUAUCUUCCUCUCCAACCUCACUGUUCUCAUCUUCCUUCUUUGGGAAAGUCGCAACAACAACUUCUUCCCUUCCCCUUCCAAAGUCGCGACGGCUGUUGCAUCGAAUCUCCUCUGCGCCGUUCUCGUGCGUCAAGACUACGUCGUCAACGCGAUAUUCUUCAUAUGUUCCCGAGUCCCCACAUCAUUCCCUCUGUCUAUCCGAAGGCACUUUGCCCGUGUGUAUCACAAUGGUGGUGUUCACUCUGGAUGCGCUGUCUCUGCUACUGCUUGGUGGUUCAUGUACACGAUCUCCACAAGCCGGGACUUUCUUUUGGAGACAUAUCAACCGCCCAUCAAGUGUGUCGUUCUUGCCUUGACUUACGUCAUUCUCCUUCUGCUCUGCUUCAUCCUUAGUAUGGCGUACCCCAGUGUCCGAAUGAAGAUGCACGACCAGUUUGAGUGGGCGCACCGUUUCGUUGGCUGGUUCUCUGUCGCUCUUGUUUGGACGCAUGUCAUUACAUCAACAGCAGCAACAGCCACUGAGCCCUUGGGUGACGCAUUGGCCAAGAACCCUACGAUCUACCUCCUGUCGCUCAUCACUCUCAGCAUCGCCCUGCCUUGGGCCAGACUCCGUCGCGUCAACGUCAGACCCGAGCCUCUCUCCAACCAUGCUGUACGUCUUCACUUCGACUUCUGCACGCCUGGACCUUGCACUUCACGAGGUGUUCGCAUCACUGAUCGUCCCAUGAUUGAGUGGCACGCUUUCGCAGCCAUUCCUGAACCCAGCGGGAAGGGAUUCUCGAUUAUUGUGUCUAAGGCAGGUGACUGGACCAAGCGGAUCAUUGAGAAGCCUCCGACAUCGAUCUGGACUCGAGGUACUCCCGCAUCUGGUGUUCUUGCUAUCGCUCCGCUGUUCAAGAAGGUCGUUCUAGUCGCCACAGGAUCAGGCAUCGGACCCUGUAUGCCCGUCAUCAUGGAGAGGCGUGUUCCAUGCCACGUAGUCUGGUCUACCAAGAACCCUCUCUCAACUUAUGGACAAGAAAUCCUCGACACUAUUCUUGCCAUGGACUCUGAAGCCAUUAUCUGGGAUACAGACAAGAAGGGUCGACCAGAUAUGGUCAAGUUAGCAUAUCAAGCGUACAAGGAGAGCGGCGCUGAAUGUGUGUGCAUCAUUUCCAACAGAUCGACAACAGCCAAGGUGGUUUAUCAGCUGGAGAGUCGUGGUAUUCCGGCGUAUGGUCCCAUUUUGGAUUCUUAA